AUGCCUCCAUGUGACGUAAGUUCUGGUAACAUUAUGACUGUUUGGAAUAAUUUGUAUGUUCGAGAAAAUGAAAGAUCUCUACGAGAUAUCUCAUUACCAAAGUUUCACGUCGGUGACUAUGUUAGAAUCACAAAAUACAAACAUAUAUUCCAGAAGGGAUACGAAUCUAACUGGAGUGAUGAAAUUUUUAUUGUUUCAACUGUAAUCCCUAGAUCACCUUGGGUUGUGUACACCUUAAAAGAUUUACAAAACGAAGUUAUAGAAGGUACUUUUUAUGAAAGAGAAUUACAAAAAGUUACUCCACCUAACCCCACUUCAGACUACAAAAUAGAUAAAAUAAUAACGUCUCGAUAUUCUGGUAGCAGAAGGCAAGUGCUUGUCAAGUGGAAAGGUUAUCCUGAUAAAUUUAAUAGUUGGGUUUUGGCAUCACAUUUAAAACAGAUAUAA